AUGAUUGUUCAAGAACCUAUUCAGGUUAUCGUUUGGGAUUGUCUUAAUAAUUAUGAAUACGACAACGCUAUAUUUUUGGCAGAGAGACUACACGCUGAAGUUGCUUCAGAAGAAACAGCAUUUUUGUUGGGAACUUGUUACUACAGAGCUGGGCGUAUAAAUGAAGCACAUCAUCUGUUACAAAAUAUAUCCCCGACACUACCGCAAUCGCGUUUCCUAUUAGCAAAAUGUGCAAUUGAAUUGAAAUCGUAUAAAGAAGCUGAAAUUGUUUUGGGUUCAAAUUUGGAUAUAGUUGCUUCAGAGUUUGGGCAUGAAUAUGCAGUGGCAGAAGAGACUGACAAAGCCCUCGCAAGUUUCCGAACUGCAGUUAGCAUUGAUUCACGUAACUAUGUUGCGUGGUUUGGCAUAGCAACCGUUUAUGCCCGACAAGAACGUUGGAAAGCAUCUGAGGUGCAUAUACGUCGCGCACUUGCGAUACAUCCACAUUCAGGUGUACUAAGAUGUCAACUGGGGUUGGCUCAAGCAGCUUUAGGAAAAAUGGAUAGGGCUCUUGCUACUUUAGAGCGGGCUGUCACUUUGGAUACUGAAAAUCCGUUGUGUCGUUUCCAUCGAGCAUCCGUAUUACUACGCGCUGGGAGGCCUCGAGACGCAUUAGAAGACCUGCAUCAUCUAAAAGAUAUAGCACCUAGAGAGUCCUUAGUAUAUUAUCUCCUUGGUAAAGUUCAUAAUAAGUUAGGUAAUUCCCAUUUAGCAUUGAUGCACUUCAGUUGGGCAACAGAUUUGGAUCCGAAGGGAACUGGAGGGCACAUAAAAGAUGGUUUUGAUCCAUCUAAACAAGAAGAUCCACCUGAGAGAGCCACC